AUGUCUCCGCAAACCUCAGAAAUGCCAGCUGAAGCGGAUCAUCGGCCGGGGAAGAGACCUGCGCCAAGGGGCACGGCGUUUUAUCCCCGCAAACGAGCUAACACGGCGUGUCAAGUGUGUCGGGCUAGGAAGACAAAGUGCGAUAAUCAGAAGCCGGCCUGUUCGUACUGCGUAAGUGUUGGAGCGAAGUGUAUUCAGUCUCCGGUUGAUUUAUCGGCAUUUGACCCUGCGAGUCUCAAGAUUUUGGAACGGUUGGAUGAAUUGGAGAAGUUGAUUCGCGAGCCGAAGCCUGGCACCACCAGUCAAGAUAUUGUCCAGAAUGAGGCAGAACUGUUACCCGAAGAGUCACCGUCACAGUUAUCCCCAGAGAGUCUGAGCGACAUCCCCCUACGAAGCAUCCUCCCCGAGAAGAUGGAAAGCCUCCUUCUCUGGUCCGUCCUCUCCCGCGACAUGUCAUCCCACACAACUCUCCACCCCGAUCCUCCACAACCAUCCCCAUCCUAUUCCCCGGGGUGCACAUCCCUAGCCGACAUAGCAGACCUUGACACCCAAGGCGUAAAAGCGCUUCUCGACAAUUUCUUCGAUCACGUGCACUGCAAGAACCCCAUCCUCGAAGAAGCAGCCGCUCGAAAAGUGGUUCUCAACGUAGUCAUCGACGGGAUCGAUUGGUCGCCUGGAUCAUGUCUAACACUCAUUAUCUGCGCGCUGGGAAAGAUUGCAACGCCUUUGGAUGCGAGUUUCCAUCUGAGGGCUGAUUCAACGGCGUAUUUGGAGGCGCAGGCGCUGUUUCAGGCGGCGCAGAAGAGGAUUGGCACGCUGAUGGCAAGAUCGGAUAUCAUUGGGGCGCAGUGCUUCUUUCUAUCGGGGGUGUUUUUGAUGAGUACGUUUAGACCCUUUGAAGCGUGGCGGUAUUUCUCGCAGGCGUUGGGGAUGUGUCAGACGUUGCCGUUCCUGCAGAGAGCGCAGUCGCUUAGUGCAAUGGAUGGGGAAGAUUUAGCGAGACCGGAAUUGGGCGAGACGCAGCAAGAGGCUGUAUACUGGUCUGCUUGGAAGUCUGAGAGAGAAUUACGGGGAGAAUUAUCUCUUCCAGACUUUAGUAUGCCGCAUUCUUCAAGCGUGCUAUAUCCGCCAUUCUUUCCCACGCCUCCUCAUCCCUUGGAGUCUACCAAGACCACGGUAUCAAGUCGGCAACAUACAGCGUGGCUAUUCUACCUAUCCGAAAUAAGCCUUCGCAGACUCUCCAGCCGAACAUGCAACGACAUUCUCGAACUUCACCGCGCAUCAAGUUCAAAUCUCGACUUCCUCAAGCAACUCUCCCUCCUCAUACCAGCCUACGAAACUCAAGCCAACGAAUGGGCCGAAAGUCUCCCCCCAGAACUCUCGAUUGCUUCAGCACCAGUCGACGACAACGUAUGCUGCUUUGUCCUCCGCGGACACUUAGUAAACUUCUUUGAACGUCUCUAUUGGCCUUUUGUGAUGGCUCAUCUGGCUGCCUUGGAACGCGGUGUAACUACACCAAUUCCCGGACGGCAAUUUGUAGAAAAGGGCUUGGAGUAUCAUGUUCUUAACGUCGAAAUCAACGAAGCGGGGUUUUUACAUCGUCAUCAUGGGACGUGGCUCAUGAUCAGAGCGUUAGUACGUUCCGCGACGGUGUUGCUUGCAGCGCGGCUCUUGGGAUCGGGAAUGCCUGCGGGGUGGAUGGGUGCAUGUGAGAGGAUUAUGCAUGUUUUGAGGGCUUGGGAAGAGGAUGUCCCGGGAUUAUCGAACCAUCGGAAUUUCUUGGAGGAGGUUUUGCAUGGGCUGAGUGCUAAUUGA